CAAGCUGGUAGUCGUCAAGGCUCUCUAUCUUUUGUUACUAAUCGCUACUCUGUAAAUCAUUGUAUAUAACUGUCGGGCGUUAGAUCGACAAUCAGUUGGAAAGGGGAUAAACGACGAGGAUGGCCGAGGAAUCCCCGAAGUACGAACUUCUACCGGAAGAGAAGACGAGAGAAAUGCUGAAACUUUUUAAGGGCGAAAGAACUGGUUUUGUGCUUGUGGGUCCAAAAAAGUUUUUCUUCCCGUUCAGAUAUACCGAACAAGGUGACGGCUUCUACAAUUUUGAAGCCCGGCCGGAAGAUACGUGGCUCUUAUCACAUCCGAGAUCAGGAACAACCAUGACACAAGAGCUUAUCUGGCUGUUGGCCAACGACUUGAACUUUGACUUAGCGAGAAAACGUUUGCUCACGGAGAGAUUUCCCUUUCUCGAAUUUAGCUUAUUCAAUCAUCCCGAGGUUACUCAAGAAUUUUUAUUAAUGAAUAAGGAUGAUAUUACGAAGCAGCAGCUAUGCCUAGAAAUUGCCAAGCCUGGUUACGAAGUUAAUGCCAGGAUACCGUCGCCGAGAUUCAUAAAAAGCCAUUUUCCUUUCAGUAUGCUACCUGGACUGUUAGAUGUUGGUUGUAAGGUCGUCUACGUUGCUCGCAAUCCGAAAGACGUCGCAACCAGCUGGUAUCAUCUUAAUUGCGCAACAAAGACGCAAGGAUACAUCGGCGAUUUUGCUACCUUCUGGGACUAUUUUCAAAAUGGUUUAACGCCUUGGAGUCCAUAUUGGGAACAUCUAAAGGAAGCGUGGGCCUUCAGGAAUUCGAAAAAUCUCCUGUUUAUGUUUUACGAGGAGAUGAUAUACGAUUUACCGAAAGCAAUUAAGAGGAUAGCGAAGUUUUUGGGUAAAACGUAUACCGACGAACAAAUUAGCAAAGUGGCUAACCAUCUGGACAUAAAAAAUUUCCGGAAUAACCCAAUGGUCAAUUAUUCUGAGUUGAUAGCUUGUGGCAUCAUCGACGACGAAAUGUUCGUAAGAAAAGGAAUCAAUGGCGAUUGGAAAAACACUUUUACUCCAGAAAUUAACGCCAAAGCAGAGAGAUGGAUUGAAGAAAAUCUCAGAGAUACCGAUCUGCGUUUCCCGAUUUUCAACAAUAACUAACAACAAUUGAAAAAUCGUCAAAAUAUCGAAAAGGUCUUAAGCUUUCAGUAAAGCUUGAUUUUUAAUGAAUAUAUAUAUAUUUUACGCAUAAAAAGGAAUGUAAUCAAAGUAAUUAAUUAUUAUGUAAGCUUGUAAGAAUUAGCAGUUAUUCCUAGUGUUACUGCACAGAAUACCGAUAUUAAAUGUUGUUUAGAUAAAAUUAAGCCAAUAUAAUAACCAUUACAGUUAUAAUUACAAUCCUUUUUAGCAAAAUAUAAUCGUCAGAUCAUUUGGCCAAAGUGAUAAUUUUGUAAUGGACUAUGAAAAUAUAUCACAAUAAUAAAUA